AAUAAGCGGCUUUGCUUUUACGGAUGCUUUACGGUUCGUCGGUCGUGGUGUUGUCUUUUCCGGGCGGUUGCGAGGGGGUUAAUUAAUUGCACAAAAUUGUGAACUUUGCUCACUAUCUGGGUGUUCGUGCAUCGCUCCACAGGUGUGAGCUGCUACUAGGCUAAUCAGCACAGAAGCCAAGUGAAAAUGCAUUACGUAAAUUUGUGCGCUGUUAUCGUGCAAUUACUGGCUGUUCUACAGCCAAUACAUGGAAGCUCUUUGCAGCUGACAGAAGACAACUUUGACAAAGUGAUAGCUUCAACUGAGCUGGUGCUGGUAAACUUCUAUGCCGACUGGUGCCGCUUUAGCAACAUGCUGGAACCGAUUUGGGAUGAAGGUGCAGACCUGGUGUCCAAGAAACUGGACAAGAAUCGAGUCAUAAUGGCGAAGGUGGACUGUGAUAAAGAAGAAAAGAUUGCGAGUCGGUUCCACAUCAGCAAGUACCCGACGCUGAAACUGAUACGCAACGGCCAUCCGGCCAAGAAGGAGUACCGCGGACAGCGCAGCGCCGAGUCGUUCCUCAAGUUCCUCGAGGAGGAGGUUCGCGACCCGGUCAAGGUCAUCAACUCCACCGACGACCUGACCGAGGAAAAGAAGGGGCAAGUAAUUGGGUACUUCAGCAGCCAAGAUACCAGCACGUACCAGUCGUUUAUGAAAAUGGCCAUGGCCUUGAAAGACGAAUGCGUUAUGAUCGCCGGCUUCGGGGAGCCGUUCCGGCCGUUCAUGCCCGGCGGCCAGGACCUGGUGAUAGUGCGCAAGCCGAGCUCCACCGACGACAUCGCCAUGCCCCAGAUCGACAUCACGGACACGGAGCGGCUGACCGACUGGGCGCGCCGCACCUGCGUGCCGCUGGUGCGGGAGAUCACCUUCGAGAACGCGGAGGAGCUGACCGAGGAGGGGCUGCCCUUCCUCAUUCUCUUCCACAUGCCGGACGACACGGAGACGCCCAAGCGGUUCCUGCACAUGGUCGAGGAUGAGCUGUACACCGAGAAAGAGGGGAUCCAGUUUUUGACGGCGGACGGCUUGACGUUCGCCCACCCGCUGCAGCACCUCGGCAAGUCCAAGGCGGACCUGCCGCUAAUAGCCAUCGACAGCUUCCGGCAUAUGUAUGUCUUCCCCGAUAUCAAGGACAUGGAGACGCCCGGCAAGCUGCAGGACUUCAUCGCCGACCUGCACUCGGGCAAACUACAUCGCGAGUUCCAUUACGGCGUGCAGGAGCCGGCGGCGCCGGCGGCGGCGGCACCGGCGCCGGCGCCGACGCGCGGCCAGAAGCCGGCGCCGCCGCCCACCUCGCCGCCCGAGUCCGUCUUCAAGAAGCUGGGCCCGUCCGGAAACCGAUACAGCCUGCUCAAGGACGAGCUAUGAUGCCGCGCCGCCGGCGCUAGGGCAGCUGCGUGGGUCGCCACCGCCGCGGCCGGGCGGCUGGCGCGUGGGAGGGGUGCGUGGUGAUGCCGGACGGGGCUGUGAGCGGGGUGGUGCAGAGGAAGCGGCCGGGACGCGUCGCCCCGGCCGGCGUGGGUCACGGGUGUCUGGCGUGGUUACGGCCGGUGUGUGAUACCCCGGGCGGAUGUGAAAUUCGCGGUCUUUACGCCGCGCCCUUUUCUGGUUGUUGCGAGAUUAUCUGAGGACAUGUUUCAGCCUCUACGCGAUCAAUGCUCCUCUCUCGGGCAAGGAGGGCUCGUGUCUUGUCCAUUCCAUUUUGUGUUCUUUGUUUUUCGUUUGUACAUACCGAUCUGAUGAAAUUGUAAACUUAUAUCGUCGAGGUCUCUGAUGGCGGUGGCUAAAGCUCGGAUAACAUUUUCAUUUAAUGUUCAAUUUAUUUGCGCCUCGCAAUUAUUGACCUCGACCCACCACAGCAGCUUUACAUCGAUGUUCCCAUCGCGUUGCCCGAACGCAGUGUUCCCCUCGGCAAUCUCUGCGCGCAGCACCGGUCUAGAUUUUGCCGUUUUGGCCGGGGGACGAUCAUUUCUAGGCGGCGUCGCGCUGAGCUGGGGUGCGAUGAGACCUGAAUCAGCUGCUCUUGGCAUCUGUGGGCGGCUGCAGAGCUUCAGACGUGCGAGGACAGCUGGGGCGAAACUCCAACGUGACGCGGUGUGUUCUUGUUAAGCGAGCUGUUGUGUGACCGCCUCGCGUUUUGUACUGCGUUUUUACCGAAAGCGGUGCACUUGUUGAAAGCCCUCCACCUUUGCUGUCGUGGUGCGACGUUUGAGGCGUCGUCGCCGGGAAGUAUGUUCGUCGACUCCUCGGUCCCAGAUCUGUCUCCAUGUCUGCUAAUAUACAGAGCCUGAGCUUG